GGCAUGAAAGUUCGACUGGCCAAACUGGAAGUUGAGGGAAAACCUAUCUUUUUGAAACGCCGUGUCAUCUUUUAUGGCCAGCGUGAAGGUGUGUUGAAAGCUCUGGAGAAAACGGAGUAUGACGGCAUCCUCACUCGAGUAACAUCCAGCGCGUGGGCAACACCGAUUGUGAUCGCAAUUGAAAGUGAUGAUAAGACACCAAGAAUUUAUGGUGACUACAGACUAACAUUCAACAGCCGGCUGCGAAAAUGUGCGACCACUACCAUGGAACCAGAAGACUUCACAAAAGCUUUACAUGGCAGCACAUGUUUUUCGAAGAUUGACUUGGCUGACGCCUACCUCCAGAUCCUGCUUGAUCCCGCAUGCCACCAAUUCACCACGAUCAAUACACCAUGGGGAUUAUACCAGUACAACUUUCUACCAUUUGGUCUCCACACAUCCUCCGGCAUAUUCCAGGCGGCCAUAGACGAAGUCAUUCAUGGACUUGAUGGCNUGGCGUCCUAG